AUGGACUCCCAAAUCGAUUACAAGGGCCUUGAUGUGGGAGAGAACCAGAUUCGUCUGAUCGAGCUACACCCUCGAGCCGCAAACACUCCCGCAACGCCAAACGAUGCUCUGCGCUGUGAAUUGAAUCCACACGAUCGUGGCGACACAUGUCCUUCAUAUCUUGCCUUGUCCUACGCCUGGCAGCAUGAUGGCCACAGGCAAUCGGUCAUCAUAAACAACAAAACCUACCUGAUCAGCGAAACUGUCGAACAGGCACUCAGACAGUUGCGCCAUCGGCGAAACACAGUCUACGUGUGGGUCGACCAGAUCUGCAUCAACCAAGACGACAAGGAGGAGAAAAACUAUCAAGUCCAGCAAAUGCGUCACAUUUAUAGCGAGGCUGAAGAAGUCAUUGCUUGGCUUGGCAUGCCGUUUCCCAAUUCCAGAAUUCUUUUCGGAUUCUUGCAGCAAAUUGGAGCCGCAGUCUUGAAAGAGAAAUGGAAGGCCCUAACGACUGCGCUUGAUGCUGUCGAUUUGGCCGCAAUGAAAGCAGCAUACAGGAGCCUCUGCCAAAGACCGUACUGGAAACGCCUGUGGAUCAUGCAGGAAUUCAGCGUCGCCAGUCGGGUUCGAGUUGUCUGUGGGAGCUCAUCUAUCGACGUGAAGAGCAUGGAUGCAGCUUUCAUGGUGGAAGGACUCUUCCAACAGAAGUCUUGGGAGAGCAUUCCGGGAUCCAACGCUAUCCUUAAUACCAUCACAGAUAUAUACAACCCAGCAGAGGCAAGCUUUCUCAACAACGUUAUCACAAGGCGUCAACGAUAUGAUCCGGAAUCCCUAGGCGCCAAUGGCGAAAAAGACCACCUAUUCAGAGUUUUAGCCACCUGCCUCGCUUUGGAAGUCGAUUACAACUGGCCUCUUGCCUCUGAUCCCCGAGAUCGAGUUUUCUCGCUCUUCUAUCUCGCCUCUGACUUUGAAGUCUUUGGCGCGAGUUUCAUCGACUACCUCAAGUCUCCUGAGCAAGUUUACUAUGACACAACUGUGGCACUUCUAAACCAAGGACAUGUCGAUAUCUUUGCAUAUUGUCAGUUCCCAAAGGCCCUGUCCUUACCAUCUUGGGUUGUCGACUGGAACAUGCAGAUUCGUAAUCCCUGUGUUAGAGCACCUUGGUGCAGGUUCAACGCAUCUGGUGCCGCAUCCAGAGCAAGUAUAUCCCAUCCGCAGCCUGGCUACUUGACAGUUCUGGGGGCAUCGGUUGACACAAUCACGGCUUUUGGUGAUAUAUGGAACCCAGAUUGGUUAAAGCCUUUGGAUCGGAAGGCAGCCCUCGCUUUUGUCGACAACAUCCUGCAACUAUGCAAGAGAUCACCACGAACGCGUUUAAAUGAAGAAAUCCUUGACGCGAUCAGAAUUGCUGUAGUAGACGGCGAAGGGUGUUCCGGUUUGGAUAUUGAAGAGGAUUACGGUGUAUUUCUCGGCCAGUUCAUGGGGGCGUUUGAAGGACUGAAAGCAGCGGAAGCGAGCCAAGAUGGGGACGAAGAGGGCCAAGCUGACAGUUGGUACGAAGCCGUCCUGCUUGCUCUGCACUCGCGCAGGCCAUUCAUUACUUCGACUGGAUAUGUCGGUUUAUGUCCGAGCCAUGUCGCAGUUGGCGAUGUGGUGUGCAUAUUCUACGGUGCAAAAGCGCCCUAUGUCAUACGACCAGGUAAAUAUGAGACCUUUACGCUUGUUGGAGAGGCAUUUGUGCAGGGGAUCAUGUACGGCGAAUUUCUCAAAGCGAAGCCUGCGAGCCAAACAUUUACAUUAGUGUAAAGUUCAACAUUCUCCAGGAAGCAGACAGGUGAUAAAGACGGACUUCAGCAUGCUAUUUGGUGAAAGGAGGCGAUAGUAUCUUCAUAGUUACAACUAG